CGAUAUUAUUCAAGAAGGAAGUGGAUAUUGGAGUAGGGUUUGACUUUGCGGCAGAUAUUGGGAAUAUAGUAAUAUAAAGGAUUUUAAAGGAGGAAUACAAUGUCGGAAGAAAAUCAUGAUGGUAGUCUUGAUGGGAGUGAGUCGCAAGAUAUUCCCGAGAUAGAACUGAUAAUUAGAGCUUCCACUAUUGAUGGCCGACGUAAAGGAGCUUGUCUCUUCUGUCAAGAGUACUUCAUGGAUCUCUACCUCCUAGCAGAACUAAAAACUAUAUCAUUAAAGGUAACAACUGUUGACAUGUUGAAACCUCCACCAGAUUUCCGUUCAAACUUUGAUUCAACUCCACCACCAAUCCUGGUUGACAAUGGACAAUCAAUACUAGAGAAUGAUAAGAUAGAACGUUACAUAAUGAAGAAUGUACCUGGUGGAUAUAAUCUAUUCAUUCAAGACAAACAGACAGCUACAGUUAUUGAAAACUUGUAUAGCAAAUUUAAGCUAGUGCUAACACGAGAAGGGGAAUCAACAAAACGAGCCCUUUUAAACCAACUUUCGAAUAUCAAUUCCCAUCUUAGUACUCGGCAAGGACGUUUUCUAACUGGUGACACCAUGUGUUGUUUUGAUUGUGAGCUGAUGCCUCGUUUACAACACAUUAGAGUAGCAGGAAAGUACUUCUCUGACUUUGACAUUCCUGUAGAAUUAACCAACCUAUGGCGAUACAUGUACCAUAUGUACCAGUUGGAUGCAUUCACCCAGUCCUGUCCAGCAGAUCAGGACAUUAUCAACCACUAUAAACUCCAGCUUCAGCGUUCUGCUAACAGGUCUAAGAAACACGAGGAGUUAGAGACACCCACUUACACUACUUCCAUACCUUCCAGUGCUGACAUCAACGGCCACUAGAGCAAAUGGUUAUUUGUGUUCUCUGAAAUGGCCUAGUAAAAUUAUAACUAUAAUGAAUCCUCUAGCUUCUCAUAACUACUUCUUUGCAUUAUAGUUUUUUGCAAAACAAAUUACACUAAGUGACAAAGUUCCCAUUUUUGAAAAUGUUAGUUUAUAAUGGACUAAUAUAAUUAUGGCUUAUAAAUUAAAUGUUUUGGAAAGGCACAAAGCAUUAUCUAUGAUAAGAUAAGAAAUAUUCAAUCAUAAUAAAUACUAAAUUAUCAAGUAAUUGUUCCUGCAUAUUUUUUUGUUUGUUUUACUUUUCAAUAAUUGUUUACUUUUGGAAUAAUUUUAAAUUACAUUUCAUACAUGAAACAUGGGUGGUUGGUAUGGCAUUGAAAUAUAUUUUACUUUUACUAUGUCAGUUUGUAAAAAUCUGUAGAAAAUAGGUUACUGAUUAUUUUAAACUAUAUUUUAAAGAUUUUGUUUGACAAAUUUAUAGAGAUAUGAAAAUAGUAUUUGAAAAAAAAAUGUAGGCUUUGCAUGAUUCCCCCUCUUAGUAGGUUGUUUUUAAGAAGAUGCAACUAAUUGCAAUUUGGAGACCUAAUAAAAAAAUUAGUGUAAAUACAGUGAAGUUUCCAUCUUAAUAUCCCAGGUAGUAAAGAGCUCCUAAAACUCGCUAUAAAAACAUGUGGGUGUGUGUCUAGUUCUUAUUUUGUUGAUUUAAAAAAAAAUCCUACAAGGUUACCUUGAAUGGUUAUAAUCAACUUGCUUCCUGGCAGAAUGUAAGUAGUAAUGUAAAACAAAUGGUUUUCAGUUAGUAGUAUUUUCAGACCCUUUUCUUGGUCAGAGACUUUGCUUCUCUUAAUAACACAAGUUUGAGGAAUGGUCAAAAUGCAUUCACAUUAAUUGUAGGCAAAGUUAGCCCAUCUAGACAUGAAUUAUAACUGUAGAAUUUAGGGUGUUCCAUAAAAAAUUCUCACAUACACAGAAUUUAUUAAGAGCUUGUAAAAUUGAAAAUGCUUAUUAUAUUCAUAUAGAUGUUUUUUAUCUUUACUCUAUUUAAUCUUUUUCUCAAUUUAUAAACAAAUUUAAUAUAUUUUCUUUGGAUGAAACAUUCAAAAGACUUCUUUUUAGAAAUAAAAUAAAGAAGUUAAGAUAGAAAAAUGUUGAUCAGAGAAACAUUUAUUACUCUUAAUUUUUAUAUCUGUAUUGAUUUUUUUUUAACUGAGAAUUGGGCAUUGAGCUUUAAUUGUAAAUUUAUAUAAAACAAAAUCAGUCAUAUGCAGAGUUGGAGGGUGAAACUGUGGGGAAAUUAUAAGGUUUUUUUGGUUGCUUGUGAGUAAAAAAAAAUCUGCAUAUGACAUUAAAUUUAUAUAUUUUUCAUUUUUGUCAGAGUUUUGUUCCUAAAAAUCCAGGAAAACACUGGAGCAGCUUUUUUUGUGAUUCAUUUCAUGUUUUUGUUUUGAUACUUUAACUUUUACUGAAAUUUUUUUAUUCAAAACUUACUCAUUUUCAAACAUUUACUGAAGUUAAAGAAUGUGUAUUAGUGUAAUAAAGCUCUAUUAUAACUAUAAAUUAGCUUUAGGAAAUUAUAAUUUAUCCUUCUAAUGAUUAAACAUGUUUACUUGGGCUACAUUUUUUACAACCUGCAUUUCUACAGCUAAUUCAUUUUUAUAAAGAUAUGAAUUUAUUUAUUCAAGGAGAAGUGUUUACAAAAAUCAAUUAUAAUUUUGUAAGUAAUCAUGACAUAAAAAUACUAUAUCUACUAAUGAUUGGAAAUUAUUUGACUUGUUACCUAAGUUGGGAAAGUACACACGUAUUUGUUAUUCUGAAAACUGUUGGAAAAAUGGGUAUCUUUUUAAUGAACAUACUUACAUAAAUAUUUCACACUGGUAUAUACUGGAAGCUUAUGAGAUUUAAAACAACAUUUGAAAGUAAUGUUUUCUUUCAUAAACAUAAAAUUGCUUUCAGAUAUUUUUUUUGAGAGUGAUUAAUUUCAAGCAAAUAUUGUUAAAAGAGUUAUGAGCUUCAGGGAAGUAUACUAAUUUUUAUAUGUAUAUUAAAUAAAAUACAUUUAUCAGCACAUAUUGUACUCACUUCUUUAAAUAGUAUGUAAACUAAAUUUACAUUCUUUUUUUUAUGUAUUAUUUUUGUACUUUAAACAAAAAAGAAAUUAACCAUAAUUUUAAAAAAAUUAUGUUUUGUAAAUGUGUGUGUCUUAACUAAAGAUAAUUGCACAUUUUAAUUUCAUAUAGUUGUGCAUACAUAUGUAACCAUGUUUUAAAUUGUAUUAUGCUUUAAGUUAAUUGUUGUUUGAACAUCAAUGGAAUUGUUUCUGUAUUUGAUUUAGAUUACCUUUCCUGGAAACCUUGGAUAUUUGAUUUGUCGGUUAUGUUAUGAACAUAAAUUUUCAUGAAGUAGAAGUUCCAUGUAAAUGAAAAAAAAAAAGAAAAUCUUAUUUUGCAGUAAAUAAUAAUUCUUGAUAGAAGUUUUGAUGUAGGAAAAAUUAAUAUAACAUGUUUCUUCUCUCUUACCCAAUUUUUUCCGUUUAAAUAUUGAUCUUGUAUCAGGCAGUUAAAUUAUCCAAGGUCUCGUGGUUAUACAGUUAAAAAAAAGGGGGGGUUUAGGUGAACAUUUAUUUUCAGUGGGAAUUAUUUUUUGCACAUUGCUAUGGAGAAUAAUCCAGAUUUUAUCAGUCAGUUUUUUUUGUUGUUUUUUUGUUAAUAAAAGUCACCUAAAACUAAAUAUUUGUAUGCCCAUAAAACUAAUAAAAGAGGAAUAAGUUAACAUUGUAUCUGGGUAAAUAACAUCCAUCCAAUUAAAGAAAAUAAAGCUUUAUCCCUAACCAUUACCUUAUUAUUAUUAUUUUGCUAAAUCCAUAUGUAGGUAAGUUGUGGAUAGGCUUCAAACUGUUAAUAGGACAUGUUUUUAUUUUGUAUGACUAGAAUAUUCCAAGAUGUUUUAUUGCUGAUUUUAUAAUUCAUCUGAAACUUAAUACUUGCACAUUCACAAAAGUUAUGAAGGAGAAUUAACAGGAUUCCAUUAAGAUAGUCUUGUGUAAAGAAUACUGUUUUUUAUAUAUUUUUUUCAGAAACAAGAAUAUGAAUGUAUCCAUUAUUUGAAAUAUUAAUUAUUUUUUAAAUACAGGAUUUUAUGUACUAAUGUACAAGCAGUUGAAGUCAGAAGUGUAAUUUUUUUAAUUGAGCAGCUUAUUUUAAUUUUAAACAGGUUUGAUUAAACUGUUGUUCUAAGAUCAAUCACUUGUAAUUUCUUAAUGUAAGAGGAGUACCUUUGGAUUCUUCUUAAUUUGUAACAAGUGUUUCUUAUUUUACUGAUCACUUAAAUUUUCACAUUGUUGCAUGUAAUUAGUAUUAAUAAUAAACAAAUUACCACUAAUUA